AUGUCGGGCCGCAAGGUGAUGGUCCAGCCCAUCAACAUCCUCUUCAGCUUCUUGCAAAAGCGCACGCGCGUCUCGGUGUGGCUGUUCGACAACACCGAGUUCCGGAUCGAGGCGUUCAUCAUUGGCUUUGACGAGUUUAUGAACGUUGUUCUCGACGAGGCCGAGGAAGUGUACGACUGCGGUGCCAAGCCUGGGAAGGAGGCCAAGCCGCGCCGGUCAUUAGGCCGCAUCCUCCUCAAGGGAGACAACAUCACGCUCGUCCAGCCCAUGGACGCAUAG